UAUAACUUAAGCCAGAACCAGAAGUCGAAUUUGAAAGUAAAUUAUAUUACUUCGAUUUAAAUUUUUAAUUAAUAUAUUUACUGUGAAAAAGAUUAUUAAUAAUGUCAAAAACCAUAGCACUAGUGAGUUUAAUCAGCAAGCGAACCAUUUCAUUAUCUGCUCCUAGAGAGGGGAAAAGAAACUUCCGAAAAUUCGUAAUGCCAAAUAAAAGAGGGUCCCGGUUACACAAACAACAACAAGCUAGUAAAAAUCCUUUACUACCGAUCGAUACAAGAGGAGUACGUGACACAGGAUAUAUGCUUAAUGGAAAAUUUGUACCAGUACCAGAAAUGAUCCCAGAAUUGAUUGUUCCUGAUCUAACUGGUUGCACCUUGAAACCAUAUGUGUCUUAUAAAACUGAGGAUGUAAUACAAAGUGAAUUUACUGCACAACAAUUAUUUGAUGCAGUAUAUAGCAAAAAAAUAGUAUUAGAUUUUAAACAAGGAAAGUUAGAUGAACACGGUCAGCCAAUUGAACCCUCAGAAGAGGAAAAACUGCAACCCGAGGAAGCCAUAGGUCAUGCUAAAAGAACUGGUUCUGAUAUAUUUUAAUACUGGUAUUGAUUUAUUGGAUAAGUUUACUCUAAUUAUAAAUAAGAUAGAAUUAUAUUGUAAUAUCACUUAGUUGAAUAAAAUGAUUAGUGUUGUUA